GUGGUAUCAAGUUUUGUAUCAAUUGUCGCUUGAAUUAUAUCCAUUAUUUUUUUUUGUGUAACACUAACGUAAUCACUUGUAACGCUAAGUAUUCGUAAUUUCGAUAAAGCUAUAAUAAAGUAUAUAUAAGAUGUAUUUUAUUUCUAACGUUGUAAAAGUGACCAUCCCGAACUACCUAGCUGGCUUGCCGAUCCCGGAUUCCUUCGGUGGAUGGUUUCGCCUAAGCUUCCGUGACUGGUUGGCUUUGGUACCACCAACAUUAGCCAUUGGUGGAAUCUCUUAUGUUUCCUAUCAAUCAGUAAAAAAAGCAAGAGAGGCUGGAAAAGUCAACCAUCUAAUUAGAAAGGAUUUGAAUAAAGUAGUUGAUUUCAUUGAUAUUGAAGACAUUACUGACAAAGCUUCCUUAUGUAGAUGCUGGAAAAGCAAAAAUUGGCCGUAUUGUGAUGGUGCUCAUGGUUCCCAUAACAAGGAAACCUGUGAUAAUGUUGGCCCAGUAGUUGUCCGACACAAGCAACAGCAAUGAACAAACUACACUUUUAACAGAUCAAUAGCCUAGUUCAAUUUGUGAUAAAAUUGUGAUUUGACCAAAACCAUAAACAUAAUUGAUUUCUCUAUUUUAUUAUGCAUUUUUAGCAUUUAAUUAAUUUAAUUGUAUUAGAAAAUCAGGUUUUUAUUUUAUUAUUUUGUUAUAUUAAAAAUAUACAACAGUACUUUUUUUAUUCAUGUUUAUGGUUUUGAUAUUCUGUGUCUAUAACAAGUAUAUAUAUAAGUGUAACUGUGAAAUUAUUAAUAUUUAAAUUAGUGUUCCAAUUUCGUUACUUAACCCUCAAUAUUUUGUUGUUAUCCGUUUUUUUUUAAUUAAAGAUUUUUAUCACUUGUA